AUGAGCGCUACAGAGUCAUACAAAGCUCUUGUCAAAAACAUUGAUACCUCAGAUUUUACAGGAACCCAGGUUCUGUGUGACCUACUUCUUGCUGGCGAAAAAGCAUUUCCAGUUGUGGUGAACACGGAAGGUCAAAUUCUUAUAGCUGCUUCUCAAUACGGCAAGGGUCGUAUCGUAGUAGUAGCACAUGAAGCAUACGUAUCAAGUUCUAACUUUACCCAGUUCAUUGAUAAUGCAAUAAAAUGGCUGAAACCCUCAAAAGAUUCUUUGGUUGGGGUCCAUGAAAAGUUCUCUUCAAUGGUACAAUCUCUCGCUAACAGAGGCCAUGCCGUGGAGUCUACCUAUAAUUUUUACACUAAAUAUGGAGUCUACUGCAUGCAUGCCUAUGAUGAUAGACAAUCAAGUGAACUCAUCUGGGCUUUAAAAGCAGGACAUGGCUUGUUAAUUGGAGGACAAGCUUGGUAUUGGAUGACUAAGAACAAGCUGAAAAAUGUCCUGUUUGAUUUUCCAGGAAACAAGGUGGCAAGUGUAGCUGGUAUCCAAUUUUUUCAUAAUUAUGGAUUCAAAGAUAUGUUUGCCAUAACACCAGAGAUACCAACACGUCCUCUUAUUGCAAAGUAAGUACUUGGUAUUCAUGAAAAAUAUAAAACUGCAAUACAUUUACUGAAUGUAAGAAUAGUAUGAAAAGCGCAAGCUUCUGAAAAGUACCCAUACAAAUAAAACAAAAAAUGAAUAGAUAAAGUUCCUUGUUUAUAUGCGUGUAGUCAAUGUAAAACAUAACUUUUGAUGAACUUUUUUUGUAACAAUGGUAGUGAUAGAAGUUUUUUUUGUCACACCCUAUUUUAUAAAAAAAAAAGUAGUAAGUGAUUAUUCUUUAUUUCAGAAAAUCAUGCUUAUGAACUUAAAAAAAUAAAUUACAUGUAAUCCAUCUGUUGAUCUAUUCUAUUUCCAUGUAUUACAUGCAAGUUGUAGCGUAAAAUGGUAAUGCCGGGCAAACGAGGCAGCUGCCCUGGGCCCAGUUACUCCUGGAGGGCCCAAGGCAGCUGCCCCGUGGGCCCCGCUGCCCUCAAAAAAAAAUUUCCCCGUCCUCUAAGGAGUCCCACCGGGUGGCCCAUGCACUUAGGGCUUCCCAAUGGGCUUGUAACAGCAGGGGCCCGGUCGGGCUCUGUGGCCCUUUAACAGCGCGACUGAGCCACUUGCUUUUUGGCAGUAUGGGAGGAAGUGACAGCCGCGAGUCACUUCCUCCCAUAAAAAGAGGAGCUGCACAGGAGGGGGCAGCCUGGGCAGGAGGAGUCGCACGGGAGGGAGGAGGUGGCGGCAGCAGCAGUGAGGAUGGAGGCUCCUCACUGCCAUCAGCCUCAGGCACCACACUAGACUCCAGGGAAGCCACCCAGCAAAAGGUAGGAAACUGGAGGGUGGGUUUAAAAAAGUAAAUUUUACAUGUGUGUUAGUAUGUGUUUGUGUUUGUAUGUCUGUUUUUCCAGGAGGCCAAAGCAAAUGCUUGACCAGGGUCCAAUCAUUAUUAAGCCCUUAAGGACACAUGACGGAAAUAUUCUGUUAUGAUUCCAUUUAUUUCUGAAGUUGUGUCCUUAAGGGGUUAAAGACUGUCCUGGGUGAAUAUAUAUCUAGAGGAAAAGGAACUGAGAUAAAUAAUGUCAUCAGGAGGUAUGAAAGUUCAAUAUAAUAUUGUGGUAAGCUUAGCUGAACAACCUUGUAUCAUAUGCAUUGUUAAUUUAAUGUGGUUUCAAGACAAGAAAUAAUUGUAGAAGAUGAGCAUUCUCUAUGUUGGAAAUUAACAUUCUCCAGGAGUUUAAAAUUAUUUUCAAUAUUAAAAAGGUUUAGGAUGUCUAGCACUAUAAGGGUGAAAGUUAAGUUUCAACAGUUAAGAUACAUAUACAUAAAUUAUUCGUAGAGUUAUUUUAUACCCAAGUAAUUACUUUUACUUCCAAAUUAUAGUACAUAAUAUUAGAUUAAAGGCUACUCUAAGUGAUUCAAUUUCAAUCAUAUGUUCUAGAGUGUGUACAUGUAUUGCCACCAAACCCACUGAGACCCUGGUUUUAUGAAUGCAUACAUGGUCAUUUAUGAAUCUCAAAGAAUUAAGUAAAUUAUUCUUGAGCAUGGUUAUUCGGUAUCUUGUUCAUCUUGCUAGACCAUCUGCUAUACAUGUGGCAGCAGGAGGUGCAGAGCUCUUGGGCCAUUGAGAAAAGCAUAGCCAUUUGCAAGUGUUUUCCCUGAGUACUAUUAUUGCUCCAUGAAUGAAUUUUCACCUGAUAUAUAUUGGCCAAGAAAAUAUUUAUUUAUGUCAAAAUAAUUAAAAUAGUGGUGCUUUUCUGUUUUCAGGUAUGUGUGGAACGUUUCUGAAGAUGGUAAGCAGUUGAUGAAUGGAAUAUCUGAGUUGCAUAUAUUUGACAGUGGUACCCCAUCCAAUCUUCUUGUUCACGGGGAAAGGGCCUUUCCUCUUGUAAUAGAUGAAUCCAAUAAAACGUAUCUUGCUGCAUGUUAUUAUGGAAAAGGCAGGGUUGUAGUUGCAACACACGAGGAUCAAAUUAGCAAAUCUCACCAAAAACAGUUAAUUACUAAUCUAAUCUCUUGGCUAGAUGCCGGAAGGGAUGGAAUAGUUGGCGUACAAAGAGACUUAUAUGAACUUCAAGCUCAUCUUCAUGAACAUGGUUUUGCCAGUAAACGCUCAGACUUCAACAAACUUUUCAGUGUCUAUUGCUGUACAUCAUAUACAAAUAAUUAUGCUCAAAAACUACAGGAAUUUGUUGCAGAGGGUGGUGGAUUACUCAUUGGAGGACAAGCAUGGUAUUGGGCUUCCCAAAAUCCUGGUAUUGAUGAGCUCAUCAACUAUCCAGGAAAUAAUAUUAUCAACCAUUUUGGUAUAAGUAUCAUAGCUGGAAGAGAUGCAUCAUAUAAACUUAAAAAAUUACAUUUUGAGAACCUCAACGAGAAAUACCAGUGUCGAAGAGCUCUUUCGCAGCUUCAGUAUGCUUUAGACAACAAUCAAAUGAUCCAUGCUCCACUUUCCUCCUGGAUUGUCAAAUUAGCUGAAGAUUGUGCAAUACUUCUAAGCAUUGGAGAAAAUGACAGCCAGACUUUUCAUUCUUUAAAAAAGACACUUGUAAAUCUUUUGCUGAAGUUUGGUAUACCAGAGGUCAGUAAUGAUAGGCGAGUGAAAAGAGGCAGCAAGGAGGCUUUUCUGUUGAGAGUGGCUGCAGGACUUCGAAAUACAUUGCCCAACUUUGAAAACCUUGCGGCAAAGCUGGUUCCAACUUCUAUAACUCUUCCUGUGACUUCACUUGGGAGCCUAGAAAUUAAUGGCACAAGUAAAGGCAAGUUAAUUUAGCAGAGGAAGAUUGUACUUCUUCUGUUGCUGAAUACUGUUGUAGAUAAAUGUGGAAAAAAAAUAGUCAGAGAUGAUUAUUAUUAUUGAAAGUCUACUUCCAUUUUUUUUUCUAUAUUCUUGAAGUGCUCAUGUACAGAAAAAAUUCAGUGCUGCCCCCUGUGGGCCAAAAUUGUAAUUAUUAAAUGUAAAUUAAAAGUGUAUACCUUUAGAUAAAUAAUAAAGUGCAUUAUUAAAUUUUUGUAUUGCUUUAUUUAAAGGGACAUCAUAGUCACCAGACCAACUACAGCUUAAUGUAGUUCUUCUGGUGAGUAUAUUUGCUGUAAAAACUGCCUUUUCAGAGAAAAGGCGGUGUUUACAUUGCUGCCUAGGAACAUGUCUCGUGGCAACACCUCUGACGGCCACUAGAGGUGCUUCCUGGAUAUGUGCUGCACACUGCAGCGCUGUCGUUCAGCGUUUCAGCGCUCUGCAUGCAGACGCUGAACUUUCCCCUUAGCGAUGCAGUGAUUGUCUAAGCCAGCUUUUCCUAUGGGAGAGCAUUGGAUUCACUGUGAUCAUCAAUUCUGAUAAUGUCAGCCAAGGAGGUAAAUUGGGGGCCGGGCCACCACAUGCAAACAAGUGCGGCGCUGCAAAUAAGGUAAUUUCUUUAACCUUUUAAGGGGAGUGGGGGAGGGGGUGGGGUGGGCAUCCACCUAAAUGGUGGUUUUAACACUAUAGGGUCAGGAAUACACAUUUGUGUUCCCGACCCUAUAGUGUUCCUUUAAGAUUCUAAACCAAGCUGAAGGAAUCUCACUAUAGGAAAACUGUAAAAGUCAAUUGCCUACCUCUUGACAGUAGCAGUUCGUGGCUUUGUAUGAUAUCUCCUUCUACAUGUGCAAUGUCAUAAAUUGGUGUUAGAUAACAGAUUUUUUACGUUUUAAGUUUAGUGUUACACAGUAUUAUCUGGUUAAUUUCCCAUUACUUGGAGAUGAUAUAUAUGAUGUUCAGUUAAAACAAUCAUUCUUAUAAAUAAACUAUAAAUAUAUAAUUUGAUUGUUUCUACAGCCUAGUUUAGUUUUUUCCGUCCCAGUCUCCAAGGUAUGCUAGCGGUCCAGGUUUGGUCAGUAUCCCCAAUGGAACCGAACAGGGAAAUGCAAACAUUCUCAACUGUUAGUUUGUCUUGAAUGAUGCCCUAGAUUCUUAGGAACUGGUAAAUAGAUUAUAUAUUCAGUAUUAUUACAUUUUACAUCUGAUUUAUUGCAGGAAACGAAGCAUGGAGAAGUACUGGAUUUUAUGUUCCCCCAGGAAAAAUUGCUAAAGUGAAUUUUCCAACAGCUGCAGUCAAUAUGGGACUGGAGGUAAUUCAUAAAAGAAAAUUGUAUCUAAAAAAAACUAGAAGGUUGUUAAAACACACUGACACAUAUUGCAUGGUGUUAAAUAUUUCUUUAUUAUUUUUGUUUUUCAAGUGUUAUUUGAUAUAUCGUGUGAAAACAAAUUGUAGUAUGUAUCAGUACAAAAUAGGUAGCUAUGCUGCAUCAGAUGUAUGGUUAGUUAAGCAGAGGUAACAAGAUAAAAGAAAUCCAGAAGGGGGCGGGGUGCUGAUCAUGUAGCUGAAUGGACGCAACUUGCUUCGGCUCUUCGCCAAUUCUGGUUAAACAGUGCCUAUAAAGGUGAUCUAAACCCAAUCCUGGAAACGACUACUAGCCAGCAAUUGGAGACUCUUGGGCAUUCAUAGGAUUGAGUGUCAUCACUCAUACUUCUGGUUAUUAGUACAUGGCCUAGGCGGGAUAAGCGGCCGGUCUCCCGAACCUGGCCUUGAUGUGUCUACCCUGCAAACUAUCAGAACCCUGUACUCCCCCCCCCCCACUCCAGUGGGCUGGUGGGGGUUAUCCUGGUCUCCACCAAGGGUUGCCAAUCUACCAGGUCGAAACAGUGACCACAACUUGGAUCCCAGCGGACAAUCCAAAAUGGCCACCGCUGCUAAUGCCUCAAGGCCAAUGGUGUAUUUAGGAUUUGUGCUGCCCUAGGCAGGACGGUGCUCGGGCACCCCCCAAUUUAAAUUUUCCUCUCCCCUUACUGUCAAGGUCGCACUUUGACUGACAGAUGCACACUCACUGACAGACGCACACUCGCUGACAGACGCACACACUCUCAUAUACACUGAAAAACAAUGACAUACACACACACUCAUUUAUUUGACACACACUGACAGACUCAGAGUCACUGACAGACUCAGACUCAUUGACAGACGCAGACUCACUUACAGACGCAAGCACUGACAGACGCACACACGUACUCACAGACCGACACACACUCACUGACUGACACACGCACGCUGACUGACACACGCACGCACUCACUGACCGACACAUACAUACUCACUCAAAGACACACACAUUCACUCACUCACAGACACACAUAUACACACACAUUUCCACUAACACUCACAAAUUAUUAUUUUUUAAAUUUUAUUUUAAAUCCACCCAGCCUCCUUUGGAUAGCUGGAGUGGAUUGCUUACCUGCGAUUCAGUGGGGCUGUUGCGCGGGCAGGCAGGCGGGCAGGGGGCGGACAGGCUGAGUAGGCGGCGAGGGAGCUCUAAUCUUCCUGCUCAGCUCCCUCGCGCACCGCUUAGUGGUGCCGGGAGCCGGAGUGACGUCAUAUUCCUGCUCCUGGCUUCAUUAAGUGGCACACGUGGGAGCUGAGCAGGAAGAGCUCAGGUGAGCAUGCUCCUUUGCUGUCGGCAUGGGGGGGGGCUCAAAAGUGGCCAGUCGGCCAGCUCUUGAGCCCCCCAGGACACGAGGAAAACAAGGGAUCUGCCUGGGCGUUUGGGGGACGGCUUUUUUGGCCGUCCCCUGCAAAGUGCAGCCCAAGGCAGAUGCCUUGUUUACCUCGUGUAAGAUACUCAAGGGACACAUUCAUGGAGCGAAUAAUACAGCGUAAACUCACCUUCGCAGAAGCAUUGGGCACUAUCUGCACCCGGUUCUGAGAGACUUGAGGCCUGGCAGAGCAGCCCUCCAAUACCUGACAUUCAGCUGAUCCUUCCGGCGAAGGCUUUGGUUGGUGACUCCCCACCUAGACCUGAACUCAUCCAGGUAGUUACACCUGUGCACGGUCCACACACUCAAGGAAUUCACUGUUCUACCGCCAUGCCAGGUGCCCGUUGGAGAUUUGCCUGGGACUCUGACUUACCCCCCCCCGACAUUUGAUGUGGGCUUUUAUAAAGGCCUGGGGCUGGAGCAGCAGUGUACUUGGGACAGGGGGCUUAUCCUCAGUGGACAUAUAUGGCAUUCCUACCCUGUUGGACAACCUUUUGAGACACUAUCCCAUCGGGUGAAUAAGACACUUUUUGCGCUGUUAUUUUUAUUUUAUUUUAAUCUGUGCACAACACUCUCCUCUCUAUUUUUACUCGCCCUUGGUUUGUCAUUUGAUGUCUGUAUGGUCCUGGCCCUGGAUCCCUGCUGGUCCUUCGCUCUUCCUUUCAGCGUUGCUGCUGUCACACUCACAGUCUAAAGCUCGUCAGUGCCCAAUGAAUUGCACCCAGAUUCAGCAUGUCCUCUAGCUAACACAUCAUCCCCACCAGCAUUGCAUUAUAUUAUAGGGCUGACAGGCUUCUGCUGUCUACUGUUUGAUAGCAACAUGGUAAAUCUUCUUAUUCUUUUGUCUUGUUUUAUUUUAUUACAUAACUUGAACUAGCAUGUUCUUCUGUAAAGAACGUUAAGGCUCUCCCUGCCUAUCACUUCCCAUGUGUUUAUAAUAUCUUGAUAGUCCUGUGUGCUAUGACAAGGUUGCAUAGCUUGCUUAUUAAAUUACAUUUCACAAAAACAAAAUGUCUUUCCACGGACAUGCACUCAAUGUCCUCAGACGUGUUUGUCUAGCAUGACCUUUUCUUUACACUAUAAAAUUGUGCUGCACCAUCAUACUGCCAUGUACCGUGUACACAAUGUUUUGCUAAUAGUUACCCUGUAUUCAUUGCUAUACCUGUGUAUGCUGUUGUUGCAUUGCAAGUUUUAUUGUACUCUUGAGAACAACCAAAAUAAAGAAUAAAAAAAAAGGAAUCUAGUAUAUCCACUCAUAAAAGCGGAAGGUUAAUUUUGAAUAUGUUUUGAAAAUUUCAGGUGCAGGUCGGCUGUCACUCAGAUGACCUCAGUAAUCUUCCUGAGCUGAAACGCCCCCCAAUUGUGACACAGCGAUAUGCAGUUACCCAAACCACUUUACACGUCUCUAAUAUUUUUGGUGGCCUCCUCUACGUUAUCAUUCCAAAAGGUUGUAACUUAGGACAAAUAAUGAUAAGCAUAGAAGAAGCUGUUCUUGCUCCGUAUUUCAAGCAUGGUAAAUAUUAUAAGAUUUUGGUAGAAUAUAACUACAGUAUUGUUUUCAUAUAUACAUUUGCUAAAAAGUUGAGUUGCACCUGCUUGCACAUGUGUCUCUGUGGCGCAAUCGGUUAGCGCGUUCGGCUGUUAACCGAAAGGUUGGUGGUUCAAGCCCACCCAGGGACGUGUAUUUUACACCUGGUAUGGUAAAUAUACAAUGUAAAAUCAAUGCUCUCAUAUUUGUGCUUUAAAAAUUACUUUUUAAAAAUGGAAUUUCAAGCUAUUUUUAAAUCUAUAUAUUAGAGAAGCUAUCCUCAACAUGAUGAGGGAAUUAAGAAUUAUUUAAAUCAGAUUUUUUUUUUAUCAUUCUUUCUUUUAGCUGUGAAUAGUAAUACAUAAAAAAAUUUGCCCAGCCACAACAGCUGUUGAAAGUACAAAGUAAAAUAUGAGAUAGCAUUUGCAUGGCUUCAAUAAAACUGCACAAUUUUUAUUUUUAUUUUUAUUACAUAAAGUAACUUCAGGCUAAGCGGAUAUGUCUAGAGAGGGUGUUAUAUACUAUAUUCAGUAAGUUAAAAAGAAUGUAUAGCCAUGAUGCUUGGUUAAAUAAAGCGUAGGUGGUCAGGCUAGGCACACAUGUUUGUAGUGAGAUCAUGAAGUUAGCUUGUAGGCUAAUAAAGCCCACCAGACAUAUAUGAGAUAAACUAAUUAUAAACAAGAUGAGCACUGCACUUUAUAACAGUAAUAGGUAAAGAAACAGCAAAAAACACAGCUCUAAUAAUUUGUGAUAAAAUGAGUGUAGGUAUGGCAGAGAAAGUUGUAGAGCUGGAGAUUACUGCAAGAGGUAAAUACCACAGAGGGGGUUGGUGAUACUAUGGCAGAGCACUGUAGUGGGGUUAUCAAGCACUGUGCAUUAGGAGAACAGCUGCACAACAGCCCAGCAGUAGGUAAGACCCAUGUGCCACCUAACCUAUGCCCCUGGUUAGAGAGACCCAGCUCCCAUUACCCUCAGCCACUCCAAUGAUUCCUUACCCUGAAGCGCAAGCCCUCAGAGAGUCCAGUCCAAGACUUCCCAGGCAGACAAUCUGUGUGUCAGUCGGAGUUCGCUGCUGUAGACUCGCCGUUACGCACUCCCAGCUGCGUGACUCUGGAGCAGCAUGGACACGCAAGCAGGGCGAAUACGUUGCGGUAGGUUCUGGCGGCCACUAUCGUGCUGCGCCUCUCUGGGAACAUGUGAGGUAGCCAUGCACUUGCGGCGGUGAAUGGUAGGGUGGCUCCUAGGUGCCAUGCGUUGAACAGCAGGAAAAGAGGUGCACUGCGGCUGAGGUAGGCUAUGGGAUGUUCUCUGCCAUCGUGCUUGACCUGGCUUAGCACAGCUCCUAAUCCAAACAUAGUAGCAAAUGUGUGAAUGAGAAAACACUUAUUCGGAUUAGGAGCAGCCAUUUAUCAGGGGGUCCUUGAGGGCUUGGAACACCUGCUCACACCACGGGUCCAAGUGUACCUGCCUGGGCUGGUUCUUUUUGGUCAUGUCGGUGAGGGGUUUAGCUAUGGCACUGUAGUUGGGGACAAACUUCCGAUAGUCCCAAGUGAUAGGAAAGCCAUCACUUGGGUCUUAGUGCAGGGACAGGGCCAGUGAGCUACUGCCUCAACCUUGGCUGGCUCUGGCUUCUGCUUCCCACACCUGGUGUCCCAGGUACUGCACUUCUGCCAUAGCUAUGUAACACUUACUGGGUUUUAACGUCAACCCUGCUUUCCUUAUUCUGUCUAGUACUGAUCCCACGUGUACCAGGUGCUCCUCCCAAGAUGUUGUCAAGGUAAGCACAUGCAUAGUCCUGGAGGCCAUCCAACAGUCUGUCCACCAUCCUUUGGAAAGUGGCCGGGGCAUUAUUUAUUCCAAAUGGCAUUACCUUAAAUUGGUAUUGGCCAAAUGGAGUGACAAAUUCCGACUUGGGAAUAGCAUCUGCCGCUAGGGGGAUCUGCCAGUACCCCUUACACAAAUCUAUAGCGGUGAGGUACUGGCCCCUGAGCCAUCCAGUCUAAUAAUACAAACACAAUAGGUGGAGCAAAUUAUAUACUUUCCUCUCUUCUUAGUAAGUCUAGUAAUGCUGUAAAGAUAGAGAGGUAUAUAAUAGUGCAGAUAUCUUAAAACCAUAUAUGUAUAUACUGCUUGUUACAAGAAUGCACUCUCAAGAGUAGAGCCAUAUACCGAACCUGACUCUGGUGUGGAUGUCCUCAGGAUCUUUAAGGGUAAUCCAAAUCCCCCUGUGGAUAGUCUGGAUACCUGGAGUGUUGUAGUCUCCUCCCAGCAGUAAAUUGCAGAAAAUCCAAAUAGGGUUAAAACAAAAUUUAUUUGGUAAAACACAUGGAUAAAAUAAAUGUAACUUUAAAUAAUAUUCUUCGGUAUUUGUUACCCCACUCUGGAUUGAAUUCUGUGUAUAUAUACACAUCAUGAUUGCACUGUCACUUUAAACACUUGUCGUCUGUAUUUUCAAACUAUGAAAGCAAAAUAUUGAGCAAUAUGUGAUCAAAUGUAUUUAAUAUUUAUUUUUCAUCUUUCCAAUAUUAGACAAUAAGUCAAGAUGUCUAUGAAUUUUUAUGUAUUAAAUAUUGUGCUCAAGCAUAGAGGUAUUAAAGACUCCUUCAGUUAUACUUAUAGACUCAGUGGAACGCAAGGUGCGUUCCAGACACGCUGAGUGGUUAUAUGAUUGUAAAGGACGUAAGCAACAGGAAGAGCGUUGCUGAUCUAAUGGAACGCAAGGUGAGUUCCAAACACGUCGGAUAUCCACAAAACCGGAUAUGACGCAAACAGGAAGUAGAGUAUCGACAGAGAAAAAAAGACCGCGAAUUAGAAAACAAGCAGCAUGUAAAGAACAGAAUGGUGAUAUCAGCAAAGCCAACUGAAGAAGCCACGCUAGGCGAAACGCGUUUUGUUAUUAUAUUGGACAUUAUUAAGAGAUUUUAUUUACAUUUAUUUUAUCCUUGCGUUUUACCAAAUACAUUUUGUUUUAACCUGUGACGAGAGCAAUCUCGCCACAUUGCAUUGGAGGAGCCUGGUUGCCCGUCUGCUCCCUUUAGACUAUGGACCUGACUUUUAAAAUACUUUAUUUUCCCUGCAGAAAGGCUUAUUCAUGCCUUUCUGCCAGGGCGUUCGGUAGAUUUUAUCUACCGAACAAAAUACCGAAGGCGGACUACCGGGAAGGGCUGGAACAGGGCUACCAGCAGCUGUUCCACUCCAGGGAGAAGGCUCAGCAGGAGAGCAGAGUGACAGACCCAGAGCCAGACCCAUUCAGCUGGGACGAGAUAGUAGAGUUUUACUGGGAAGAACCCCAGGUGGCUGGUGGAGAUGGGACCGAGGUUGGUCCUGUCUCCCAGCGGCAGAGUGUCCUACAGGGAAUAGAGAGCCCAGUCUCCUUUCCCCAGCAGCAGGACACUGUAUUGGGAGCAGAGACAGUCGGUCUCCUUCCCCAGAGGCUGGAAGUAUGUAUGGGAGAGGAGCUUGCUACCCCCUCUCCCCAGCGGCAGUGUGAUCUACAGGGAAUUGAGAGCCCAGUCUCCUUUCCCCAGCGGCAGAGUGAGUUAAAGGGGGCAGGGACAGUUGGUCCUGUCCCCCAGCGGCAGAGUGUCCUACAGGGAAUAGAGAGCCCAGUCUCCUUUACCCAGCAGCAGGACACUGUAUUGGGAGUGGAGACAGUCGGUCUCCCUCCCCAACGGCUGGAAGUAGGUAUGGGAGAGGAGCUUGUUAUCCCCUCUCCCCAGCGGCAGCUUAACUCACCAGGGGGAGACAGUAUGCCCCACAACCGUGCAGAUGGGACCGUUGCCUCUGCACUUACAGCACAGGGGGUAGGGACGGUCGGUCCUGUCCACCCUGCAGCAGGGCUGUUUAGCCAAAGGGGAGACAGUCGGUCCUGUCUCCCAGCAGCAGCAUGUGUUACAGGGAAUUGGGAGCACCGUCUCCAUUCCCCAGCGGCAGAGUGUCCUACAGGAGUGUCCUACAGGGAAUAGAGAGCCUAGUCUCCUUUCCCCAGCUGCAGGACUGUGUAUUGGGAGCGGAGACAGUCGGUCUCCCUCCCCCGCUGCUGGAAGUAUGUAUGGGAGAGGAACUUGUUACCCCCUCUCCCCAGCGGCAGCUUGACAUACCCAGGGGAGACAGUAAGCCCCACAACUGUGCAGAUGGGACCAUGGUCUCUGCACUUACAGCACAGGGGGUAGGGAUGGUUGGUCCUGCCCCCCAGCGUCAGGGCUGUUUAGCCAAAGGAGAGACAGUUGGUCUCCCCCCACAGCAGCAGAGCUGUGUAUCCAAAGGGGUGACAGUCGGUCUCCAGCAGCAGAGCUGUGUAUCUAAAGGGGAGACAGUCGGUCUCCCCCUCCAGCAACCAGGCUUCAACCAGGCUACUUCCACGGUAGCGCUGACACCAGGGCAGAGUACUGCUGGUCUCUACCCACUCAGCAACCCACUAAGGCAGCCUACCAGUCCCCCACACAGCUGUGGUGAGGCACCUGAACAUGGACAAGUUUCUCCCUUACCCAGGUGUAGUAACCAUUUAUUGUGGGUGGGCUGUAUUACUGGUUGUGCUUUGUAGGUGGGCUGCUGGACUAACCAGGGCACUGACCGGCAGGAGGUCAGAUACCCUGUUAGUCUGUCUGGAAAAGGGGAGAGAUGUGACGAGAGCAAUCUCGCCACAUUGCAUUGGAGGAGCCUGGUUGCCCUGUAGGGUCGGGAAUACAUGUUUGUGUUCCUGACCCUAUAGUGAUCCUUAGGUAAGUGAGGCAGUAACUUACUUGCGACCUGUUUGGUAUGUUGGCUGUUUGUAACAACAAUUUGAAAUACUCUUCAUUUAGUCAUGUACUCAGUACUCAUGACUGCAGUUUGCCUGACCUGGGGUAGGGUUGCUGGUUUACGGCCUGAUUAUUAUAAAUAUAAUUUCCACAGAGCUUUAAAUUGGUUCCACUGGUUUCCAUGGUGAUUGCCCCCCUUUCAGUAAUUUCGACUACUUUUUAGAACACAGCACAUUGAUAAAUGUCCCUAAAUGCGUUCUCAUGGUGUCCCUCAUGAGUAUCUCAGAAAAGCAUAUGUACACCAAUCCUGUAAUAAGUUUAUUAUUCUUAGAAAGUCACACUAUGAGAGAGAGUAAUCUGAUACUAAUAUUAUACUUCUCACUUUAUUGCUAACACCAAUGGCUAGUAAACCAUAUUUAGAACCCCCUCGGUUAAUCAGUGUUGACACUGGAGGGAUUAGGUUUCUGAUGGCAGUCUCUCAGCUACAUAGUACAGUAUUGGAAAUCUUGCACUAUAGACUCAAAAAGAGCUUUCAAAUUAAAUACAAUAAAAUAUUAACACAUAAUAAGUAAUAUGGCAGAUUGCUAGCAUAACUCCUUUUGUUUUGAAUGUAAUUAUCUUGUUAUGAUAUUAAGUGUCUUAUUUUAGGAGAAACAACUCAGGAUUCCUGGGUGGAAACUAUACGCCAUUACCCUUCACCAUGGGCAGAAUUUGAAACCGAGAACAUUAUCUUCACAGUUCCGUCUGAUGUAGUCAUUUCCUUGAUGAACCCAAGUGAACCACUCUUGCUCUGGGAAAGGAUCAUGACAGCAGUUUUCGAGUUGUCUGGGCUUCCAUCUCAAUCUGACAGGCCUGAGAGAUUUGUAGCCGACGUACAGAUUACAGAUGGUACGGCCCCUCCAAACUUCAUGUAAAUCUCCAUUUUAUUAUUAUUAAAAGAAUUUUCCUCCAAAAUUGUGUAUUUAAAAUACAAGUAAUAAUCCUUAAAAUUGCACCUUAAGCACCAAAACAACUUUAGCUUAAUGAAGCAAUUUUAGUGUUUAAUUCAUACCCCUUCUCUCUCACUGUUCAAUUCUCUGUCAUUUAGGAGUUAAAUCACUUUUAUUUCUGUUUAUGCAGCCCUAGCCACAUCUCCCCUGGAUGUCACGCAGCCAACAUGAAAUUUAAAAAAAAAAUUCAAUCAGAUUCUAAAGCACAGUGUGUUUGCUUUAGAAGUUGAUAUCUCCUGCUCUUUUAAUUGAACUUUAAUUACACACAAGAGACUGUUUCAGGCUCUCACAAGCUAUUAAUAGAACAGGAGGUUAAGAACUCUAAAUUAAACACACCAUAAAGGAAGCUUAAACAUUUUGACAUUUUUCAGGAAGUGUGUAUGGAGGUUGUCUGAGUCUCAGACAAGGGAAGUAUUACAAAUGCUGCAUAAGCAAAGUGAUUUAACUCCUAAAUGACGGAUAAUUGCAGGGACAUGGUCUAUGCACCAAAACCACUACACUAAGCCAAUAUUUUUGGUGGUAAGACUGUCCCUUGAAUUUUUUUGUUCUUGAAGAUCAAAAUAAAAGGCCUAUUUACGUGGUUUUUAAUGGUUAUUUUUGUUUUGGAAAUGUAUUUAAAUAUUUAUUUCUACCAAAGCAUAAACAAUUCCCAUUAACAAUUCCCAUCAAAUACAUACCAUUGUUCCAAUUUGUGAGCUGCAGCACCACAUAUAGCUAGUGUUGGAAACACAGUUUAGGUGGAAUGAUGAACCAGGUAUGACAGGGGUGCCCAAAAGGUACAUCCCCAGAUGGUUUGACACUACAGCUUCCAUGAUGCUUUGUUAUUCUAAAGACAUUCUAAAAGCAUGCAAAGUAUCAUGGGAAUUGUAGUUCUGCAACAUCUGGGGAUCUACUUUUUGGGCACCCCUGAGGUCUAACAAACUGUUUUAUUGGAAAACAACAUAUUAACCAAUAUAAUGUGCUCUGUUUUUCAAGGCUGGAUGCACUCUGGUUAUCCCAUAAUGUGCCAUCUGGAGUCAGCUAAAGUUUUUCUAGAUUAUAAUGACCUCUGCAAGGGAACGUGGGGUGCUACCCAUGAACUAGGACACAACCAACAAUUAAGUGAAUGGGAACUACCCCCUCACACAGAUGAAGCUAUGUGCAACCUCUGGGCUAUCUACACCCAUGAAAAUGUACUGGAGAUCCUCCGAGCAGAUGCACAUUUUGAGCUGGAGCCCCAAAACAGAGAACAGAGGAUUGAGAAACAUAUGGAAAGAGGUGCCCCGCUGGAAGAAUGGACUGAGUGGCUCUGUUUGGAAACUUACCUACAGGUAACAAACCAUACUGGGUAUGCUAUAGCUCAGCUCGUUAUAUUUUUUAUGUUUAAUGAUACCACCAAAAUAUGUGUUAAUUAAACAGGUAUAAACAUUUGCAUGUAUGAACAUUUCAUUUUGUGUGUCUCUUUUUCCCCUCAGCCCCUUUGUGUGUCUCUUACAUCCCGUUGUAGCGUGGCCUCAUGGACAGUGGCAGAGGAUUUCUUUGUCCUCUAUCUAGUCUGACAAGAAGCUUUUAGAUCAGGCAGUUGAUAAAUAGGAUUCUCUACUCCGGUCCGUAAGACCACGCUACAUGGAAUGACUGCUAGUAGGGGAGCCCUGUGCACCCCUCUCCUACCAGUCACCUGGACAUUGCACGCCAUGGAUUGGUGCGCCCUAAGGCGGCUACUUGUGACACCGUGAGGUAGUGCUGGCCUGGCAUCGCAGAGAUGGUACUACAAUAAAAUCAGGAGAAUGGCAGUUGUGCAACUCUCCUUUAUAUGUAUUAAUGCCUAUUUUAAGUCUUAAUGUGUAACUGGUGUUUGUUUAUUAAACUGUGGUAUACGGUGUUUGGACAUUAAUAACCUAUGAUAAUUAAAAUAAUAUGUAUUUAUAUCUGUUUCUUCAGCUACAGGAAAGCUUUGGCUGGGGUCCGUACAUCAAGCUGUUUUCCAAUUACCAGAACAUGGUGGGCAUCAAGGAUGAAAAUAUUUUCAAGAUGAAUCUCUGGGCUGAAUUGUUUUCUCAAGAGGUUAAAAAAAAUUUGGUUCCAUUUUUCAAGACUUGGAAUUGGCCCAUUGAUGAGCAAACAUCAAAAAUACUUUCCUUAUUACCUGAAUGGGAUGAAAAUCCAAUGAAAAAAUAUAUUGUGUAAUUCUUCGUGUGGUUCAAUACUUGAACCUGACAUGCAGAUAAUCUAGAAUUAAUGUUUUGAAACAGUUCUAUACUCAAAACACCAUUUUCCUGUUUAGAAUUUUACAUAAAUAAGUCAUCUAAAUUGUAUAACAUCUUGCUAGGUGGGAUGAUGUCUCAUCUACACAUUUGUUUCUUUGUAUUGUGGGAGAAUCAAUAAAGCUAAUUAUAUAACCCCAUCACUGUUCUGUUCCACCAGUAACAUCUUUAGACACACUUAGAUCACUCUAGUACAGUAUGCGUGAAAAUGAAAUAGAUGUAUUCACUAGGAAAAUGUACACACCUGUGUGUGUCUGUAUGAAUGUUUCUCUGUAUGUGUGUGUAUGUGUGUGUGUGUGUGUUUGUAUGUAUGUGUGUGUCUGUAUAGAUGUGUCUCUGUGUGUGUGUGUUUGUAUGUAUGUGUGUAUGUACAGUGGCACCGGGCCCAUCAUGUGUGUACAGUGGCAUCCAUACAUUCAUCCUAUUAGUCAUUACAGUGAAAAGCAGUGGCUUACACACGGUCCAUGGGGCCCCGGUGCGAAAACUGAUCCAUUGGCCACAUGUCGGAGGGCACACGGUCGAAGGGGUCCGCUGGGCGGCCGGGCCCCCUGGAGUGACGGGCCGGUGCCACUGUACACACACACAUACAUACAAACACACACAGAGAAACAUAUAUACAGACACACACAUACAUACAAACACACAGACACAUACAUACACACAUACAGAGAAACAUUCAUACAGACACACACACAUAUACAAAAUAUUUUAGUCACCCUCCUGUUUCCUACAUUUUAGUGACUUCCCUGGGAUUCAGUGGUGGCUCAGCCUGAUGACUCCCUCCUCUCUUCCUUCCGCGCGGCUUCCGUUGUAAGCUGGGAGGAGUGACAGGGCAGUCACUUCUUGCCAGCUGUGAUGUCAUCAAAGGUGGGGCCCGGUCGUGCUGUUAAAGUGCCGCAGCACUGACCAGGUCCCCUGGAAAUCCAUAGCCAUCGGGUGGCCCUAACUGUAUGGGCCACUCGAUGGACCCCUUAAAGUGCAGCCCUGGCAGUUAUACCGUGACGGGCCCGGUCGCUGUUGCGACCCCUGUAUGUAUGCCACUGGUGAAAAGUGAAAGAUAAUUUGAAAUCAUGUGUUAUGGGGGAUUUAAUGUUAUAGGGUAUUUGCUUUAAAGAUGCUGUGGCAAAAAAACUCCAGUUUUCCUCAGAGAGGCAGAGUGAUUGGAACUGCAAUCCACAGCAUCUUGAAACACCACUUUGCUAAACUUGGCUUUAAUCCAGCUCUGUAUACCGCACAAUAAUUACAGCCAUUAUUCUAAAAGGGUGCUAUAAUGGCAUUAAGUUUGGAGUAACCCUGCAUCUUUUUAUCUUACUUCUUCUACAUAUCUCCCAACUUUGGCCUUCAAAGGGGUGUCACCAAUGACACAAAUUGCGUUACUGUUGAUGCUCCUAAAUAGGUGGGUACACUCACUGAAGGGAUGGGUGAGUCUGAGGUCAAGCACACCAGGCUCAAGACAGUCUCUUGGCCAGCCCCGGCAUAAGGACCAUGUAGAGUGAAUUGCUAAAGUGCUCUCUGCAUGGUCCAAUGAUUUCUGCACAACGUAAGCUUUUCCAAUUAUGCGCUUUUAUUGUGUUGCCCAGCAACAAGUCCCUGCUGUACCUGGAUGCAGGUCAUCGGGAAAGCGUAACAGCAGGACAAGACCCCAAACUUAAGACUGUCCUAGCAAAAGCUUGCAGACAAGAUGCAAAUUGUAUUAAGACACAGAGGUUUCUAGUGUAAUAUUCUCUUAAUAGCAUAAUACUCGCCUCCAUGUGAUUAAUAAAAUCAUGACUUUUUAAUAGUGAUGUCCCGAACUGUUCGCCGAACGGUUCGCCAUGAACGGUUCGCCGCGGACUCCAGUCAGCAGACACAUUCCAGCCAAUCAGCAGCAGACCCUCCCUCCCAGACCCUCCCACCUCCUGGACAGCAUCCAUUUUGAAGCUGCAUUCUUAGUGAGCUGUUCAGGAGGUGGGAGGGUCUGGAAGGGAGGGUCUGCUGCUGAUUGGCUGGAAUGUGUCUGCUGCCUGGAGUCCGUGGCGAACCGCUCUUGGCGAACCGUUCGGGACAUCACUACAUGUUAAUACUAAAAUCUGGGAAUUUACAUAUGCAUUCACAGACAUACACAUGGUUACACUCCCCCUGACACAUUGAUCCCACCAGACACACGGAUACACAUUCAAAGAUUCCAUCUAUACGCAUGUAUUCCAAAACACAGAAAAAAGCAUUUGCAACACUAAGAUUUAAAAAACACUGCCAGACAUACAAAAAUGCUCAGGUAAACAUUGCUAGACAAACACAUUAAAAGGCAUACCCUGUUAUACACUCAGAUACACAAUGUCACACACACAUACAAAUGAUCAAAAUACAAAGUGUGAAUGAUUAUCUAAAUUGUAAAAGAAAAUGUGAAGCAUUAAAUAAAAUCCCCUAUCCACAAAAUAAAAAAACACCUUUGGAGAAUGCGGGCAUCGAUCCCGCUACCUCUCACAUGCUAAGCGAGCGCUCUACCAUUUGAGCUAAUCCCCCUGAGAAGUAUCUGAAUCCAUAAAAUUUCAGGCAUUCUUCAUGUACCUAGCAAUAACGCCAGCCAGAGGCAGAGAGAUUUGUAUAAAUUCGAAGUACACAUCUAGUUGCUGAGUUAAUGGAAACCAUAAUGAAACUAUUAGAUGACCAUCACUACAGAUUUAUCUAAUAUAUUCACAUUUUUCUUGAUAAGCAAAUAUAGUAUCCUUGUAUAUAAAUGUAUUAUUUGUGAUAUAUGAGCCAAUAAAAAGAAUUAAUGUAGAAAAAAAAUGUUCUCUAUAUAGAAAGCACAGUUUCAGCAGUAAAAAAGAAACAACCUGCAUGAUUAUGUAGUUUCCCUGGUGGUCUAGUGGUUAGGAUUCGGCGCUCUCACCGCCGCGGCCCGGGUUCGAUUCCCGGUCAGGGAAGAUUUAUUUUUUUAUUCUGCGACAAUUUCCCUAAUAAAAUAUUUUUUUUCCAUAUGUAUAGUUUUUGUAACAUCAACUCUGUAAAAUUACACAAUGAAAACAAAAAUUUGUGUUAAAGUAAAUGGCGCUGGGAAAUCAGAAGCCUAGUGGAUAUGAAUAACAUUCAAUAGCUUAGGUCGGCAUAUUAAAAGUAAAGAUGGAAACAGCAUUUUAUUAAUGUCUUGCGAAUAACUAUCUAUUACAUUAGUGAUAAGAAAAAAAAAAAAAAAUCUGCGUUGGCCGGGAAUCGAACCCGGGUCAACUGCUUGGAAGGCAGCUAUGCUCACCACUAUACCACCAACGCCACAUGAUGACAUUUUCUCACAUUUCCCUUUUUGAGUUUCCAAAAGGUGAUACUUUGCCCACAAGAGAUAUCUUUCCUCCAGAUGAUUGAUUCAGAAAAUCUCAAGGCUGGUCCUUAACACUGUCAUAUAUUGUUUAUGUGCAAGUUACUAGCUACUAGCUAGACACAGGUAGAUCAGUCGGUGUAUAGAUUUCUGUAGGGAGACACAGUUAAAACAUAGUUCACUAGAGCUUUAUAGAGAAAAUGACUUGAAAUAGUAAUAAACAAAAUAAUAUAUUGAAUGACUUCUCUGUGAUAUAUAAAUGUCUAGAUCAGCCAAAUUCAGUGUAACAGACAACACACAAUGAUAUACAGGUAUGUCCUGCCAUUCCAUCCAGCUCUCCACCUCCCUCUGCACAGCCUGCCAUUCCAUCCAGCAUUCCACCUCCCCCUGCACAGCCUGCCAUUCCAUCCAGCAUUCCACCUCCCCCUGCACAGCCUGCCAUUCCAUCCAGCAUUCCACCUCCCCCUGCACAGCCUGCCAUUCCAUCCAAUAUUCCACCUCGCAGCCUGCCAUUCCAUCAGCAUUCCACCUCCCCCUGCAUAGUCUGCCAUUCCAUCCAGCAUUCCACCUCCCCUUGCACAGCCUCCAUCCAGCAUUCCACCUCCCCCUGCACAGCCUGCCAUUCCAUCCAGCAUUCCACCUCCCCCCUGCAGCCUGCCAUUCCAUCCAAUAUUCCACCUCCCCUUGUGCAGCCUGCCAUUCCAUCCAGCAUUCCACCUCCCCCUGCAUAG